CCAUCUUGAGUAGAAUUAUAACCCUCUUCCAUUCUUAUCUCUACAUGGACCGAUCGGAAAAAAUGGCUGAUAAGGUGAUUCUGUUGGAUUUCUGGCCGAGCCCAUUUGGGAUGAGGGCGAGGAUUGCGCUGGCAGAGAAAGGAAUUAAGUAUGAGUACAAGGAGGAGGAUCUGAGGAACAAGAGCCCUCUGCUUCUGCAGAUGAACCCAAUUCACAAGAAGAUCCCGGUGCUCGUUCAUAAUGGAAAACCCAUAUGUGAGUCGCUCAUCCAAGUCCAGUACAUUGACGAGGUGUGGAACGACAAGGCUCCGUUGCUUCCUUCUGAUCCUUAUGCCAGAGCACAAGCUAGGUUCUGGGCUGAUUAUGUUGAUAAGAAGAUUUAUGAAGUUGGGAGCAAAAUCUGGAGAACCAAAGGGGAGGAGCAAGAAGCUGCCAAGAAGGAAUUCGUCGAAUGCUUUAAGGUACUGGAAGCAGAGCUUGGAGACAAGCAUUACUUCGGUGGAUUAAACCUGGGAUAUGUUGAUGUUGUCUUGGUCCCAUUCUAUAGCUGGUUCCAUGCCUAUGAGCAGUGUGGAAACUUCAGCAUUGAGGCAGAGUGUCCCAAGAUAGUUGCAUGGGCUAAGAGGUGCAUGCGGAAGGAGAGUGUUUCCAAAUCUCUUCCUGACCAGGAAAAGGUGUGCGGAUUCGCUUUGCAGAUGAGGAAGAGGUUUGGGAUUGAGUAAAAUGGGAUGACAAGUAGUCGAAUUGUGGCUUUUUCUUUUCUGUGUUUCUGUUGAUCAAUAAAAAGGGCACUUAGUUGUGUCUUUGUGGCUGUUGGGAUUGCAUUGCUGUUUUUGCUUGUCUGAUGCGUGGGUCCUUGGAUGUGCCCAUUGUUGUGUUGGAUCUUUUGUUCAAG